CAGCACUGGAACCGGGUGGCGAAGGCGCGGUGGCGCGCUGGGCGCGGUGCGGGCCGCUCUGGGCUGCGGCGGCGGGGGAUACGGCCGCCCCUCGGGGAGCAGGAGCGGGCGCUAUUCGGCGCCUUGCUGCGGGCCUGUUCCGGGCACCCCGGGGAGGCGCGGCCCGAGGGCGUGUGGCAGAGAUGCUUCCGGGAGGGCCCGGCCGGCAUCGCCUUCUGUUUCCUGCUGGAAACCCUCUGCUCCCGGGGUCAUCCUGGUCCUGGACGGUUCGUGCAGGAGGGGGCCGCGUUGUGGCUCUGCUGUGGGGAUGUCUGCCAGCAGCGGGCGCAGGCUGCCCCCCCGGAGCUGCAGGAGGCCCUGCUCGGCAGGAUUGUGUGCUUGCCCGAUCAUGUCAGCAAUCAGCUCCACGGGAAAAACCCACCAGUGUUUUUCCCACGAGAACUACUUUCCCCUCUGGGUGGUGCAGUCAUCGAGGUGCUUCAGAAGAUUUCUGACUCUCUAAGAGGUGAGCUUGGUGGCUUGGAUUGCUCAUCUCUUUUGUUUUCUCAAGUCCUGGGGAAGGUUUGCGUCCAAGGAAGGCAAAAGGAGAUGCUGAGCGUGCUGGUGCCCCGCCUGACGGAGCUCACCCGCUCAGACUGCAUGCAGAGGAUGUGCUGGCGGCUGCUUGCAGUGUGUGCCUGAGCGCUGAUGGAAGCCGUGCUGCUGGGGCUUCGUGCAGGCCGCCCAGGGGCAGAUGUCUUGUUCUAGGCUGCUGGGAACCUGGUUGUGAAGAACAAGACUCAGUUCGUGCUGACACAGAAGGUGCUGCUCUUGCAGUACAGCCACAAGACUGCGGUGUUGCAGAACCUGCUUGGCUAUCUGUCCCUGGAUCCCUUCGGCGGGCCCCUUCUGGUCAAAGUAAUUCUCUGCUGCAGGUACUCCAAGGAGCUGCUGGAGACCUGGGGCAGCAGCAGCGCAGUGAGGCACUCUCCACCCGAGCAGCAGCAGUACAUCAGCAAGGCCAUCCUCAUCUGCCUCUCCCAUGUGAAGGAGUCUGAAAUUGAGAGCUGCAGACAAGAGCUGCUCACAAGCAUGAUGGAAGGUGUGAAAUGCCACCUGGACAGCAACCUGCCGCGGAUCCGGCGCCUGGGGAUGAUUGUGGCAGAGAGCGUCAGUUCGAAGAUAAACACUGAUGGGCCUGUCCUGAAGUUUCAGUAUGAAGAAGACGAUGAAGCAAGAGAGUUGAAGUCCCUUCUGGUGCAGACUUCACCAUGCUGUGCUGUCCCCAGCCUUCCAGAUGAAGAAGACAGGAAUGAGAAAGAUGCUGUGCUGCCAUCGGCAUCAGGCACCAGCAAGAAACCCCAGACAGCAGCCCCUGUGGUCCCAGCUGAGGACUCAGACACUGAGCUUGACAGUGACGAUGACCUCAUCCCUUACGACAUGUCAGAGGAUAAAGAAUUAAGGACCAAGGCUCCUCUCUAUCUCCGAGACUGUAUUGAAGUCCUGACAGGAUGUGAGGAUGUGGACAAAUGGGAAGCCACAAUCAAGGCUCUCGAGAGCUUGAUUCGGAAGAAUCCAGCAGCGGCAAGAGAGAUUAGUGUGGAGCUGGCAAAAGUCUUACUGCAUCUGGAGGAGAAGACCUGCAUCGAAGGCUUUGUGGAGCUCCGUCAGAGAGCUCAAGUAGCUGUUUUAACCACAGACCCAAUACCUGUAGCACAGUACCUGACCUCCCAGUUCUACUCUCUGAACUACAGCCUUCGUCAGCGUGUGGAUAUCCUUGAUGUAUUGGUUUUGGCAGCUCAGGAACUGUCCUAUCCCAAGUCCCAAGGAAAGGCCAAGCAUUCUGUUGCACCAAAACCUGGUAUCCAGCUCCUUCCUGGAAGUGACAGCUCUAAAGACUGGAGGAGAAUUGUUGAUGAGAGGAUCAAAAGCAAGACUCGGAGAAUUGCUAUGGGAGAGCUCAGGUGAGAACUGCCUUCCGGACCAAAUGAGUUCAACUCUGUUGCUGGGCACUUCUUUUUCCCAUUGAUUCAGCACUUUGACAGUUGAGGUACUUCCCUUUGCAGGCCUCUGACCACAUUUGAUCUCCUGGGGGGAAGAUCACUUUGUCCUUGAAGACUGGUCCACACUUUAGCAGUCCUGAUGUACUUGGCUGUCAACACUGCGGCAGUCACUGCAAUGAAAGGCCUACUGGAGUUUGUUUGGACUCUGCGCUUCCACGUUGACUGCUACGUGCGCCAGGGGCUUUUGUCCUGUGUCUCCUCCGGUGCUCCUCAGUGUCCCUGCAGAGCGUUUGCUAGAAGACUGACAGAUGAGCUUCUGGAGACUCAGUCCUGGCUGGGCGAUGUGGUCGAGAAAGAUCCAGAUGGUGACUGCAGGAGGCUGGCCUUGCAGAACUUACUGCGGUUGGAGAACCUGAAAAAGAGAAACUCCAAAUUGUCCCUUCCUAGCUGAGGGGUGAAGGAAUGACAUUUGCCUCAGCCUUUUGCCAGCUGGCUGCAUGUAGGCACUGGCUGUGGCCUCUUCAGCAGUCACCUGCUGAGGAAGAGGAAGAAGGGGGAAGGGUGCAGAGCUGUAAGCCAGCGAACCUGACUUGACUCUGGACUUUGUAGUGGAGGCCAACUCAGCGCCGGCUGCCAUCCGGUACAGAGUGUACAGAUGCAGGAAGGUAGGCGAGUGCUGCCAUCCUCCCACGCCUCCCCAGCCCCCCACGCCCCCCUAUUUAUAACCUUGGCAGGGCUGAGAGAUCUGCUAAAAAUACAGGGAAGAGCUCAUAGCAGGCUUCUUGUCAGAAAAACAGGGGGGCUGGAGAGAGUCACUUGGGGAGGGUCUGUGACAUGUUUCUGAGCCUUCUAGCAGCCAGUUUGGUGGAGCAGCUCCCAGCCCAUGUUCAGAGG